UGAUGUCAGUAGAUUUGUGUGGCCACAGUUAAAUGUUUACUGUAUUUAUGACUUGGUUAAUUACAAGGAUGACGCUCACCUGUAAUCAGCCUAUCAAAAUCAGUCCUUCUACUAUGCACUGACAGUUGAAGUUGCUCCUUCGGGAACGUUUCAUAUUUCUACAUCUUCUGUGAAAAGACAUUACCGUCCAAGGACCUUUACAUUUUUGACGCAAGAGUUGAUUGCGCACACCUGUUCAAUUUGAGAGACUCGUGUAUAGGUUGGUUGACUUGAGGGAGUUCUCCAUCAAGUUGACGGAUUGAUUUACAAUGGAGAAUCCCCUUCACUUGACCUCUAUUUUACUACAACUCUUUAUCAGCGGCCUUUCACUCGGAUCGUCCCCGACCACGUCAAAUCUAGCUGACGAGUUUGGCGAUUCCGCUUUGUACCAACAUGGCAGUAUCUUGUCACCCCUUCUGAAGGCGCUAACAGCACAGGGAGAUACAUGGCGAUCCACCCCAGUAAUGAGACCCGAGUCGAGAUAUGUUCGAUACAUGAAAAGACUGUACAGGAUAUCUUCAAGACAUGAGAGGAGUUCGGAAGGAAACAACCACUUGUACAACACAGUUCGACUUAUAACACCGCGGGAUGAGUGCCUGGAGCAAAGCAAAGAGUUCUUCAUGCAAGACCUCUCCUACAAUUUGAGCCGUGUCAGAGCCAAGGAGCAGCUGCUGAAGUCUGUCCUGCUGUACUCCUUCGACCAAGAGCAGGCCACGUCCAUAACUAACCAGUGUUACCAAGAUUUGAAAGAGCAGAAUACCCACAAUCAGUGUCCUCUCUGCCCAAGCACCCAUCACUCAGUUAACUUCCUGUUCCACACGGACCGCAGGAGGAAGUGGGUUGAGGUGGACAUCACAGCUUUCCUCCGCCCUCUCAUCCAGUCCCACAAGAAGGACAUUCACCUACUGAUCAACCUGACCUGUGUGGAGGACAGAGGCAGAGGGGCUAUGGCUGGAGGAGAGGAGUGGAGCGGUAGGGGCCCCGUGGAGCUCCACCUAAGGUCUCCGUCCUUGCUGCUGUACCUCAACGACACCAGCGAGCUGGCUCACCAAAGAUGGCUGCCCACCAGGUCACAAGGUCAUCUGAGGUCAGCCAAUGAGGUGGACACCUUAGAGAGCCUGGCGGAGUUCAAACCGGAACAAAGGAUCAGCCGGAGACUGAGGAGAGAAUCUCCAUAUCUGUCGACGAACAACACAGGAGGCAAAACGAGCACGAAGACCGUCCUCCCGGACCUCCUCCCGAGUUCUGACUUCCCUACGAGCGACUGUGCCUUGUACGACUUCAGAGUGAGCUUCAGUGAGCUCAAACUGAGCCAUUGGAUCAUUUUCCCCCACAGGUACAACCCCAGGUACUGUAAAGGCACCUGUCCCAGGGCUGUGGGGUUCAUCUACGGCUCCCCCAGACACACCUUCUUCCAGAACAUGAUCUACCACAAACUGGACUCCUCUGUGCCAAGACCUUCCUGUGUUCCUUCAGAGUACAACCCUCUGAGUGUUUUAACCCUUGAAGCUGACUCCAUUGCCUACAAGGAGUUAGAUGAAAUGAUCGCUACGAGGUGCACAUGUCGCUAAAGGCCCACCUCCAGGGUCGGGCUCAAUUCCAUUUCAAUCUAAACUGAAAUUCCAAUUGUUCUCUACUUUUCAAUGUAAAAAAAAAAGUCCACUUGCUCCGGCUGAUCUGGAAAUUGACUGAAUUGAAAUGGAAUUGACCCCAACCCUACCUACCUCACUGCCUGAUGACGUUGUUUUAUCAGCCUCAACACUUUGACUGUUAACCUACCUUCUGCUUUGACUGCCGCUCGACUUAUUCCAUCCUCCUCAAACGCUUGACUUUAAUGACUUUAUCACAUUCAUUGGCUAUUGUAACAUCCUGGUCUGGUGACUUCAUGCCAAAACAUCAGUGUCUUUGCCAAAACAUCAGUGUCUUUGCCAAAACAUCAGUGUCUUUGCCAAAACAUCAGUGUCUUUGCCAAAACAUCAGUGCGUUGAGUUCGAUUUGAUCUAGAACAGAUGUAUUUACUCACUUGCCAAAAUGUAUUUUUAUCGAAAUGGAAAAUAUGGCAUUGAUUUCUUUAUGUGAAGUGGUAGGAGGAAUGUUGUGAAGAUGUCUUGUUUGUUUGUCAUCUGCUUUUGCAUUGUGUUGACAUGCAUGGAUUGAUAUUUUACAUAUUAAUUUGAUAUAAUUAUUAUUAUGAUUUAAGUUAUUUUUUGUUAAUUUAUUUUGGGUGUUCUGUCAUUAUUCUUUCACGCUAAGUGGUACAUUUUUAAGUACAUCUGUUCUGGACAAAAUAUUUUUAAAAAGUAGUCCUAUAUACUCGUAUCAAACACUUUCACGUUUCAUUUUAUUCCUGGGGAUUGCAGACGGUUGUUUCAUGAACAACCUCUCUUUUCAUACGGUCCAGAAUGUAAGUUAUCUUGUAUGGCCAACUUGAUGUUUCAGUGUGUAUUUAUUACUCUGGGUCAUGAAAUGACUGCAUACCUAUAUGAAUUUGUAUUGACAAAUUUAACUAAAAUGCAUGUCGUCUAUUUAUGCAACAAACAAAACAAAAAAAUACUGUACAGUCUUGUUUGGCUCACUGAUUAUCACAAAUGUUAAAUUUAAUAACUUAAAAUAUUAGUUUGGAAAAAAUAAAGAGUACGCAAAGA